AUGGGCUGUACCGAGGGACUUUUCGUCAUAGGUCAUUACUAUCCGGCAUGCCCUGAACCCGAGUUGACUUAUGCCACUAGCAACCAUUCUGAUAGUGGCUUCCUUACCGUUCUUAUACAAGAUCAUGUUGGUGGACUUCAAAUCCUUCAUGAAAAUAAAUGGAUUGAUGUUCCCCCAACGAAUGGAGCUCUAGUUGUAAACAUUGCUGAUCUUUUGCAGCUUAUUACCAAUGACAAGUUCAAAAGUGUGAAUCAUAGAGUACUGGCCAAGAAGAUAGAUCCAAGAACAUCAGUGGCAUCUUUCUUCAGAACACAUUUUAGAGAAGGGACUGCAUCAACAGUUUACGGACCGAUAAAGGAACUUUUGUCUGAAGAAAACCCCCAAAUUUACCAGGAGAUAACCACAAGGGACUACCUCACACAUUACUACAAUAAAGGGCUUGAUGAAGAGGGAAGAAUUAAAUGGUACAGUCACGAGCAGUCAAAAAGUUGUAACUCUUGA